CUAUUCAGAGCUCCCGUGGGAAAAACACGAAGAAGACGAGGCUCCCCGCCAUGGCGCGCCGCGGGGGGAGGACUCGCUGUAACGGGAAUAGUGAAAAUAAUUAUCAACUUUAUUUAUAGAAGCAUGGCUGAAGACUACUGGGAGACGCUGCCGGCCUCGGGAUACCCUUAUUAGCGCUAGCUUGCCGAGCUAGCCAGAGACGGCAAGGACAGGCGGGAUCCCUCCGGUGUCCUGCCCAAACUGGCUGCCCUUCCCCCUUCUUCAGCAUCACGCCCCCCCCUGCCCCCCUUUAUGGAGAGGAUGAGGAAGAUCAAACGCCAGCUGUCACUCACCCUGGGGAGGGGAGGGGCUGGAAAUGGGGACAGAACAAUUGAUGAGACCAUCACCCAGGAAGUGACAUCACACAGUGACUCAGAGGUGGGCUCGGUGCGGGCAGGUCCAGCCUCUCGGGGCUCUUCAGGAGGUGGUAUGAAGGCCAGAGGAGGUACAGGAGGGGGCAACUCUUCUUCCUCCUCCUCGUCCCUGUCAGUACACGCCCUGCUACAGUCAUAUGGCAGCUCUUUGAGACGGCCUCGCAGUCUGGGGCGAAGCCUGAGCUCCUACCUGAACCAUGCCGCCAGACUGGAGAUAGUACAUGAGGAUGUAAAGAUGUGCUCUGAUGGUGAGAGUGAUCAAGCCUCCUCGUCAGAUGACGUCCACAGCCCUGUUAGGCUUCGCCUCAGAAACCAGCUGGCACGCAAGAAACUGUCUACUGAGGACAUCAACAAACGGCUGUCAUUACCGGCUGAUAUUCGGUUACCAGACGCCUACCUGGCGAAGUUUAACCUGACCAGUCCUGCUCUGUUCGACCAGCCAAUCAGCAGACGCCUCCGCAAAGUGUCUCUGUCAGAGAUUGGAUUUGGGAAACUGGAAACAUAUGUCAAGCUUGACAAACUGGGAGAGGGCACAUAUGCUACAGUCUAUAAGGGGAGAAGUAAACUGACUGAUAACCUAGUGGCUUUGAAGGAGAUUCGACUGGAGCAUGAAGAGGGAGCUCCCUGCACAGCUAUCAGAGAAGUAUCUCUGUUAAAGGACUUGAAACAUGCGAACAUCGUCACGCUGCAUGACAUCAUACACACACAGAAGUCUCUCACGCUGGUCUUUGAGUAUCUGGACAAAGACCUGAAGCAGUACCUAGAUGACUGUGGAAACACCAUCCAUGUCCACAACGUCAAGCUGUUUCUCUUCCAGCUGCUCAGAGGUCUCAACUACUGCCACAGGAGGAAAGUCCUCCAUCGAGACUUGAAACCACAAAACCUCCUGAUCAACGACAAGGGAGAACUCAAACUGGCUGACUUUGGUUUGGCCCGGGCAAAGUCCAUCCCUACUAAGACAUAUUCCAAUGAAGUGGUGACCCUGUGGUAUCGUCCACCAGACAUCUUACUAGGCAGCACAGAUUACUCCACACAGAUUGACAUGUGGGGGGUUGGCUGUAUAUUCUAUGAGAUGUCCACUGGCCGGCCUCUGUUUCCUGGCUCUACUGUGGAGGAAGAAUUGCACUUUAUCUUCAAACUGCUGGGUACUCCUACAGAGGGUAGCUGGCCUGGGAUCAGCUCUAAUGAAGAGUUUAUCUCCUACAAUUAUCCCAACUACAGAGCAGAGAAACUGAGCAAUCACACACCCAGGUUGGACAAUGAAGGAGUGGAACUACUCUCUAAAUUCCUCCAGUUUGAGGGCAAGAAGAGAAUCUCAGCAGACGAGGCCAUGAGGCAUGCUUACUUCAUCGACCUGGGCAGUAGAAUACAGAACCUGUCUGAUACAACAUCCAUCUUUACUCUGUCAGACAUUCAACUGGAAAAAGAAGCAGUCAAACCCCCUGCUCUGUCUGAGUCAGUCAACAGUCUAUCCAGGAGACAGUCUCUUCUUUUCUGAGAGGAGAUGAGGCUAAAAGGGAGAUUUAUUGAUGGAGAGACAGAUGGAGUAAACAAUGAAGGAGAAGAUGGAUGUUUCUGCAUCUCACCAGGAGACAUUCGCCUUGGAUUGAUAAAGUUUAGUUUAUCUACUUGAAG